AUGGACGCGACGCCGUUCGCACAGGUGGUGACGCCAAGCUUCCGCCGGACAGCAACCAAGUCGUCGGACGCCCACGAUAUCAUCCUCGUACCCGACAUGCUCGCGAGCCGCCACCGCGACAUCCUCUGCACCGCCGAGCCCCUCCCACGCAACGGCAAGCGUUUGGCGCUUCGGUUUGCGGACGACGGCAGCGUGAGCUACGAAGAGAUCUCGCGCGCCGACGUACUUAAAUUGGUGCAAGCGAACGCGAAUGACAUGUCAUUGCAACGCCACCAGUAUCUCUCAAUCACCAGUGUAUACUGGCUCCCAAUCCCCGGCAGCGACCCCCGCCGGCGCAGCAAGUCCUUAGGUCUACCCAUCUUUGGCACCAGCGACGUGGCGAGCAUUCAUGUGCGAGACAUGCGCAAGCUCGACAGCACGUUCUCGAUCUCCAACGAACCGUCCUUUGUGGUUCGCAAACAAGCCAUCUUGAUCAACACGGACCCGCUUCGAAGCGUGGUGCUCCGCAAUUGCUGCUACGUAUUUUUGCCCGACGGGGCGGACGGGCUCAUCUCGACGCUCAAGCAGCACUUCAAGGAACCCAUCUUUGGCAACGACCCCAAAUCGAUGCCGUUUGAGUUUCGCGCCCUAGAAGCCAUUUUGGCGACCAUGGUUCGGAUGCUCACUGCGGACUGCGACCGCGUGAUCCCGAUCGCUCAAACGGCCAUGGACAAAAUCUCCCAAUCCCAAGUGCGAACCAAAGAACUCGAGCGCCUCCGAACCCUCAAAAACGUUCUCAACGAACUCAAAUCACAGGUCAAUGGUCUGCAUCGGAUUUUGAUCGAGACGCUCGAAGAUGAGUACACGCUGCAUUACCUCUACUUGACCAAAAUGAUGGACACGCCGUGCUACCUGCCGGAUGGCAGUUGGAGCUACGACUCGGAGUACGCAGAAGCCCUCUUGGAGACCUAUUUACAGGAAAUGUACAACCAGCGAGCGCGCAUCGAGCUCACAAUGAACAACAUUGAGAACACCGAGAGCAUCGUCAUGAUGCAGCUCGACGCGACGCGAAACUCGCUCCUCUCGGUCGACUUGUCGCUGACGUCGUUUACAACAUUUAUCAACGUCCUCCAAGAAGUCGACGGGCUCUUCUUCAUCCUCUUGGGAAUCCUUGCAGUCUUCCCCUUCGUCGCGUACAUUUGCUUCAAGCUCUACUUUCUGAAGCGCGGGAUUGUCCUCUUGGGCUAA